AAGCCAUAACGUUAUGUCGUGUCAAGCCUUCGGCCUUGGCCGUACAGAACAUAACGACAUGGCAUAUUGCAAUUACCCGUUGAUACUCCCGCUUUCAGGGAAUGUCUCCGAGUUUCCAAUGUCUUGAUAGGCAAUAAUGUUAGUAUGACGAAAAUGUCCUUGGCGACUACUGAAUACAUAGCUCGAUUACCACAAGCUAUCGCUAGGUACCUUAUACCUCAAACAAUUGGACUUACCACUCCAUCGUCGGCGCCUAUGCCCUCGGCAUCUUACCGCAUGGAUACUACUAUUGGAAAAUGAUGCGAGCCACAAACUGGAAGACUUCAAACCUAAUGCCCCGUGAGAACCUCAACUCCCUCCGCGACAAAAUCCCCGCAGACAUCUGGGCUCGACUAUGCCGCGCUCGCGGUGCCCAUCUCAACGCUUUUGAAAGCCUGCCACUAUUUGCGGCUGCAAUGAUUGCAGGAAAUGUGUCAAACCUCCCGACUAAGGAACUCAAUAUCCUAGCGGCGGAGUACCUCGGCGCGAGAGUACUUUAUACAGCGGUGUACAUGGGCGCACGCUCAGAGUUAAUGAGCUAUGUAAGGACGGGCUUGUACGGUUGGAGUGUCGGCAUACCUCUUUAUGUGUUGAUCAAGGCGGGAAACAGCAUGUUGGGGGGUGGGAGUGUUUGAAGCCUAUAUUUAGGCGGUUAGCUAUGAAUUAAUUGGGUGCUUAGCGGAGGAAAUCGGUGUCUAGACAUUCAUAUUUGAAUCAUGUGGGAAGCAUGGUUAAUAGAGUUGGGUAGGAUAACUGGAAUGUUCUGUAUUACUUGCUAGAUAUAACCUAUUAUCAAUAUUAAAUGGAUGCAAGCAGUGUAUAUCCAAAAGAAAAUUUUAUAUUGCUAA